AUGUCAGAUAGUGAUGAUUUUGAAAUAGAGACAGGGGUGUUUACGGGGAAUGCGAUUUCGAAGGAAGAGAAGAAGGAAAUCUUGUCUGGAAAGCCAGGGAAGAAGAGUGUUGGGAAAGUUGAAAAGAAAAAGAGCUCUUCAGCAAUGCCAGCAGGAAAGAAUCCUGGACCUCCACCAGGAAUGAAUCCAGGACCUCCACCAGGAGCUAAUUCAGGUCCACCCCCAGGUGCUAAUCCAGGUCCACCCCCAGGUGCUAAUCCAGGCCCACCCCCAGGUGUUAAUCCAGGCCCACCCCCAGGUGCUAAUCCAGGUCCACCACCAGGAGCUGAUCCUGGACCUCCUAAUCUUACUAGAGACCCUCCAUCAAAAGUAAAUUCUGGACCACCUCCAGGAGUCAACCCUGGUCCUCCUCCAGGAGUCAACCCUGGUCCUCCUCCAGGAGUCAACCCUGGUCCUCCUUCAGGUUCCAAUCCAGGUCCUCCACCAGGCUCUAAUCAGAGUCCACCCCCAGAUGUAGAUUCUGGAUUUUCAGUUUCUCCAUCAGCUGAAUAUUCAGAAGUUUCUCAACCAGAAGAAGAAAUUCCAAUUCCUCCAUAUGAGAAAUCAAACUCAUACUUUUUAAUGAAGCCAUUUUCGCUCAUUAUCAAUGAAUCUGGCAUUAUCACCCACCUUAAGAACAACUCUGAAGUAUAUAGCUACUCAGCAGCAUGACCCCUUUACGGAGAGGAAAGUGAAGGCUUUAACUUUCUCAUCACAGGUGGCUUCUAUUCAGAAGUAGAACUUACUGAAGAAGAUGAAGAUCCAAGUCAGCCUCCUGAAAUAAACUACUUCUAUGGAACCUCAAGAACAUUCAGGUCUCGGAUCCUCACAGAAGGCUCCCUCGAUUUUAAGAGAUCAAUCAACAUGCAAAAGCAGAGAUAUUGACAUUGAAUCAUAAAUGCAUGGGAUGGAGUCAGCAAUCAUAUCUUUGCAAUUGGAGGUCAAUACAAUCUAAACAUUCAUAAUUCCAUGGAAUACUACGAUAUUGGACAAAAGAAAUGGAUCUUAGCAGAAAAUAUGAACUCUCCGAGAACAAUGUUCAGUGUGACACAUAUCCAUGACUAUAUCUAUGCUUUUGGAGGUUUCACAGAUUCCCAGUACAACUUUGUAGAGCACAACAUGGAAAGAUAUUCCAUCUCAAACGACACUUGGGAAGUUCUCGAAAUUGAAAACAAAUUUGGCUUCUUAGGAGGCUCUGUUAUCAACAGAACAAGAGAAGGUCAGAUCCUAAUUCUGGGAGGUAUAAACCCAGCCAGCCCUAAUCCAGAGCAUAAGGAGCACAAACUGCAUCUCUACACUCCAGAGGAUAAUUCCUUGGUUGAAUUAAACGCUAGAGGUCUUGAAAUGCAGACUCCAAAAUUCUUCACCUCAAACGGUACGAUCUUCAACUGCUUAGGAGGGUCUUCUUCCUUCAGGUUCCUCGAGUACAACCUACAGUACGACAGUUGGGGCGUCAAGGCCAGUGAGGCUGAUCAACAGAAGUUUUUAGCCCAGCUGAAUUCUCUAGAAGUGUUAGAAGGAGCCUCUAUUUAUCAGCUAUUGGCGACCAGCACGGUUAUAUCUCAUCAAUCAUUUUACUAA